AUGUCAGACCAAGACGUUCAUCCAAACAAAUACACCAAAUUACGAAGUAUCUAUAAAUACUACAUUGAUUCAUAUAUUGCGCUGUAUCAGCUGAAAACGGAUAAGGAAGAAGAAUUAAAGUUAAUUUACAAAAUGAUCAAAACAGAAUUGAUUGAUUCAAAGAAAUAUCCACCAACCAAGGUUGUACAAGACGUUUUAAGUAUAAUUCCAUAUAAUAAUCGCUAUACAAAGUCAUAUUUAUUUCUUGCCAAACUCAUAUCUGAUUAUUACCAUGUUACAGAGGUCAGCAAUGUCGUACCUAUUUCAAACUUCUUGUUUUAUAAAGAAUAUGGAAUUAAAUUAGACAAAUCUGAUGAUUUUGAAAAAAUUAAAUCAGAUAAUCUCGAUAUUCAUACAGAAAAUACAAUUUACAGAGCAAUUAUGAAUAACGACAAAGAAAAAUUCAUCACAUUCACUGAAAGCGAUAGAUUUGAUGAAUAUCAAACGCUUGAAAGCGAUUUAUAUCCAUAUUUCCUAGAAGGAUAUUCAUUACUUGAAUUAUGUUGUUACCAUGGAGCAGUUGAUUGUUUCAAGUUUUUAAUAACAAAAUUCAGCUUAGAAAUAACUAAAAAAUGUCUAGGUUUAUCAUUUUUAGGUGGAAAUCCAGAGAUUAUGAGUGAAUGCUUGAAAUAUCAAGAACCAUAUCAAGAUUGCAUGAAAUAUGCAAUUAUUUCACACAACAUUGAUUUUGUUACAUUAUUGAAGAAUGAGUACGAUAUAGAGAUCAAUUUAGAAUACUGUGGAAUUUACAAUAAUAUUGAAUCCUAUUUAGUUUAUUUCGAUCAAACCAAUGAUAUAAACAAAUGCUUUGUUUAUUCACCGAUUUUAAAUAUUCCAUCCUUUUUGGUAUACUUCCUUUCACAUGGUGCAAAUAUCAAUGAAAAAAAUGAAGAUGGAAAAACCGCACUUCAUAUUGCAGCAGAAUAUAAUAGUAAAGAAACUGCUGAAUUUCUUAUUUCGCAUGGUGCAAAUAUCAAUGAAAAAGAUAAUAUUGAACAAACUGCACUUCAUAUUGCAGCAGAAAAUAAUAGUAAAGAAACUCUUGAAUUUCUUAUUUCGCAUGGUGCAAAUAUCAAUGAAAAAAAUAAAUAUGGGCAAACCGCACUUCAUUUUGCAGCAGAAUAUAAUAGUAAAGUAAUCGCAGAACUUCUUAUUUUGCAUGAUGCAAAUAUCAAUGAAAAAAAUAAAUAUGGGCAAACCGCACUUCAUUUUGCAGCAGAAUAUAAUAGUAAAGUAAUCGCAGAACUUCUUAUUUCGAAUGGUGCAAAUAUCAAUGAAAAAGAUGAAUAUGGACAAACUGCACUUCAUAUUGCAGCAGAAUAUAAUAGUAAAGCAAUCGCAAAACUUCUUAUUUCGCAUGAUGCAAAUAUCAAUGAAAAAGAUGAAUAUGUACAAACUGCACUUCAUAUUGCAGCAGAAUAUAAUAGUAAAGCAAUCGCAAAACUUCUUAUUUCGCAUGGUGCCAAAAAAUAA